AUGCAGGACAAUGGCAGUGAGAUCGAGUCUGCUGCCUCUAAAUGGUUUGCUGAAGGCACAGCCAUAGAGGUGGAGUUCGAGAGCGAAUGGUGGGAGGCAAACAUACUCGAGGUUCAGGGCGACCUGGUCUUUGUGCACUACGUUGGAGGCUUGGACGAUGAAGAUGAAUGGAUAGAGAAGAAUAGCGGAAGAAUAAGGAUUCCCGUCGAGUUCGAAUAUGAUGGAGACUGGUGGGACGCUUUCAUCGUGCGACAGAACAACGAGCAAAUCCUCGUGCAGUUUGAAUGUGGGACAGAGGAAGACACCGAGUGGGUUGACUCAAAUAGUGAUCGAAUCAGACACAGACAAGAUUUGUCCAUCAAAAAGGUCAGCCAAAAGCAGAGCAAGCCGAAACACCCCUCCAUUCGGAGUCGUGAGCCCAAGACUAGGGUCGCUUCAACAUCAAAGAGGGUCAAAAAGGGUAAAGUGAAUUCCCGCAAGGGGUCAAAAACGAGUUCCAGAAGCAAGCAGUCAGUCGAUAUGGACAAUAGCAGUGAAGAAGAGGAAAAGAUGGUCGACAUAGAUUCUUUGGACCGUGAAGGGCAAGAGCAGUGCAAGUACAACAUCGAUAAAAUACUGGGCAUGGAAAUGAAGAAGCAACUGUCUGAGAACAAUGAAGAGAUUGAAGUUGCAUUGUUUUUGGUCAAGUGGCGAGAAAAAAGUUACCUGCAUACAUCUUGGGUCACUGAAAACGAUAUCUUGGCUGAAGGAGGGAAAGUGAGAUUGAAUAAUUUCAUGUCGAAAUGGUUUGAUUCCAUCCAAUUCGAAGUAGAGGACCGCGAUGGGAAUUACUUUGAUCCCGCGUUUACGGAGGUUGAAAGGAUCGUCGCCUCUCGAAUCGUACAGAUUGAUUCUGGAGAAGAAGCCUUGGAAUAUUUCUGUAAGUGGAGGAAUCUUCCGUACUCCGAGUGCACAUGGGAAUGGAAAGAAAGCAUCAUUGAAUCCAUUGGCUCUGUUGUGGCAGAGGAAAAGAUCGCUCAGCACAACAAGUUCAGCAAGCCUCCACCAAGGGACAAGAGGAAGAGGGAGAAACGACCACCGUUCAAAGAUCAAAACGUUUUGCGAGAAUAUCAGAAAGAGGGUGUUAACUGGCUGAUUUUUAAUUGGUAUCAGAGGAGGGGGUCGAUUCUUGCAGAUGAGAUGGGUUUAGGUAAGACUGUGCAAGCCGUUGGCUUCUUGGAAUGGCUCUUCCAAUGCCGGAAUCGAACGGGACCAUUCCUGGUUGUGGCUCCUUUGUCAACCAUCCCGCACUGGUUGAGAGAGUUCGAAGCUUGGACAAACCUGAAUGCAAUCGUUUUUCACGGAAACCAAGAUUCUAGGGAAAUCCUCAUCAAUCAUGAAUUUUAUUACUAUGACGAAAAGGGCAAGCGAAUCAACGACUGUUACAAAUUCAACGUGUUGAUCACGACCUGGGAAAUCGUGAUGAAGGAAGAUGAGCGCGGUAACAAAGCUAAUCUGGCUGACAUGCCGUGGGAUUGUGUGAUAGUCGAUGAGGCACAUCGAUUGAAGAACAAAGAUAGCAAGACCUUUACAACACUCAAAUCCUUCAAGACAAUCCCUCCUUGCACGAAUCCCGAAAACGAAGCCCAUUGUAUCUUGAUGACAGGUACCCCGCUUCAGAAUAACACGGAAGAAUUAUGGUGUCUUUUAAAUUUCUUGGCACCAAAGCAAUUUGAUGAUGUUGACGCUUUCUUAAACAAGUUCGGCGUGGUGGAAACUGCCAAUCAGAUCAUGCAACUUCGCAAAGAGUUGAGACCGUACAUGCUCAGAAGGCACAAGGAAGACGUCGAGCGUUCUAUCCCACCGAAAGAAGAGAUCAUAGUUGAGGUGGAGAUGUCACAAUUACAACGGACGACCUACAAGUCGAUCCUUGAACGUAACUUCGAAUGGUUGAAGAGGGGGGCAGCUGGAGUUCAAGUUCCAGCUCUUCGAAACGUGGAAAUGGAGCUGCGGAAAUGCUGCAAUCAUCCAUACCUCGUUGAUGGUGUUGAGGAACAAGUCAGAAGCCGAUCAACUGCAAGUGACCCAAUGCAUGAACUGAUCAGACACUCCGGUAAAAUGGUCCUGCUGGAUAAGAUGCUUCCGAAACUCCGCGCUGAGAAACACAAGGCAUUGAUUUUCAGCCAGUUCAUAAGGGUGUUGGACAUGCUCGAAGACUACAUGCGUGCCAAGAGUUUUCCCUUUGAGCGAAUUGAUGGCAGGAUACGGGGAAACGCUCGACAGAGCGCUAUCGAUCGAUACAACGAACUUGGGGAGCACAGAUUUGUGUUUUUGAUAUGUACAAAGGCUGGAGGCAUCGGGAUCAAUUUGACAACAGCAGACACUGUUAUAAUUUUUGAUAGUGAUUGGAAUCCACAGAAUGACUUGCAGGCUCAAGCUCGCUGUCAUCGUAUCGGGCAAACACGAGAGGUUAAGAUUUACAGAUUCAUAACGGCUAAGACGUACGAGCGCCGGAUGUUCGAGAAAGCAUCGCAAAAGCAGGGGUUGGAGAGAGCGGUCAUCUCCGGCAAGCAGAUCGCAGGAGUGAAGAGAACCUCGAAGGAAGAGAAGAAAGAGUUGGAACGACUUCUCAGACACGGAGCAUAUGCGCUCUUCAACCAAGAUGCCGAGCAAGAAAGCAAUCGUUUCAACGAGGAAGACAUAGAAUCGAUCUUGAGCAGCAGAAUCACCAAAGUAGUUGACAAACAAGACAGAGGGUGUAACACGUUUUCUACCGCAAGCUUUGUCCCCAAGGCUGCAGAGGAGGCAGACUUGGACUACAACGAUCCGGAUUUCUGGGAUAAGCUGAUGCCUGAAGCAGAGAAGAAGCUUACAGAAGGUGACGAGCCCUGUGCUUGA